AUCAAACGUAAUGGACUCAAGGAUAGGAAUUAUUGUAGUUUGGCUCAUACUUGGAGUCUCGUUAGCCUUGUACCUCUACACACCAUUCCCUGAUCAUGCUAGGCAUCCAAUUAAGCAGAGGUUUUCACGAGCAAUGGUCAGACUCAUGUAUGACAUCUCUGGUAUCGGGAGCAGCUUUGGAUUGGGAUCUGAUGUCAACAUCACGAGACACGUCUCUGCUGUAAACAAAAUAUUUUCACGAGAGCCUAAUGAUGGAUCGCUUCAGAUUCGAGAUGAAUAUUUUGACGGAGUCCUGGUCCGAGUUUAUACCCCUAAAGGUCUCUCCUCGGAGUCUUCACCUGCACUUAUUAAUAUUCAUGGCGGUGGAUGGGCGUAUUUAGACGUGGACGAUUACGACGCAUUUUGUCAACGGGUUGCAAAGCAUGCGAACAUAGUAGUUGUGUCUAUUGAGUACAGGCGCGCACCUGAGUACCCAUUUCCGGUUCCGCUUGAUGAUUGUGUAAAAGCUGUUAAAUAUUUCCUGAAAAAUGCUGCAAAAUACAAAGUGGACCCAGCAAGAAUUGGUUUGACAGGGGACAGUGCUGGGGGGAACCUUGCUAUGGCGACUGCCCUUCGACUCCUAAACGAGGAUACUCAGAAGUUAAAACUACUCAGUUUAAUGUAUCCUGUUCUACAGGCGGUUGACCUGAAUCUCCCGUCCUAUUUAGAAAAUCCGGACCGUCGCAGUACAUCAUUCUGUAUGAAAGAUACUCUCAUUCACUGUAUGCAGCUAUAUGCCUUUGGGCAUGAACCUUUAACCAGUGCUAUGUUAGAAAAUACUCACAUAUCAGAAGUAGACAGAGUUAAACACUCCAAUAUUAUCGAUGUCAAAAAUUUGCCAUUGAAAUUCCAAAAGACAGCUAAACCUGUGAAAAGACCUUUGCCUUCAACCAAAUCAGAUGUUGAUAUUAGUGUCUUUCUUGAUCCAUAUUUUUCACCAUUAUUAGCCAGCAACGAUGAUCUCAAGAGGUUACCGAAAACCUACCUCAUGACGGCUGAUUUCGAUGCUCUGCGGGACGAUGGAUUCCUGCUAGCAAAGAGAAUGAAGUCUUUGGGAUUAGAUUUUGAACAUGAGCAUAUGGAAGGAUUAGAACAUGGAUUUGUCUUGUUUUUCUAUUACGAGAGUGCUCUAGAAUAUAUAGAAAAUUAUUCUAAUUAUUUAAGGAAACAUUUAUAAAUGACAUAUAACAACUUUUAUUUGUAUUAUAUUUAAAUAAAAAAGAACAUU